AUGCGCUUCUGGCUCCUGGCCCUGCUACCUCUGGUGCUUGCCUUCCAAGUGUGGGCACUUGCGGCUCGCGAUGACUUCCCUACCCCUGACAAGGAUCCUUUCUACAAGCCUCCAAAAGGCUGGGAGAGCAAGCCUUUGGGUACUAUUCUUCGCUCACGCAAGAUCGAACCUAAGGGUCUGUUUGAUCUCAAGGUGAAGGAGGCUUGGCAGAUUCUCUACCGUACGUCGUACGUCACUGAAGAUCAGCCGACAACGACGGUGACAACGGUGCUUGUGCCUUUUAACGCUGCCGAUGACAAACUCUUGACGUUCGGUUACUUUGAGGAUGCCAACGGUCCUCAGUGCGCUCCUAGCAACGGUUUCCGCAAUGGUAUUUCGGAUGACGCCGCCUCGCUGGCCAACCUUGCCCUGCUUCUACCGUACCUGCAAGCUGGUUACAUCGUGACUGUGCCCGACAAGGAGGGUGAUAUUGGUGCCUUUGGUUCGGGUCGUGUGGAGGGUCAGCAGACACUCGAUGGUAUUCGUGCUACACUCAAGUUUGACAAGCUUGGUCUCUCAAAGAAUACCAAAGUAGCUGCCUGGGGCUACUCGGGCGGUGCCAUCCAGAUAGGUUGGGCCGCUUCGCUUAAGCCCGUGUACGCGCCAGAGCUCCCGAUGGUCGGUUGGUACUAUGGUGGCACGCCGGCGAGCAUUCGCUCACUUGUGUCGAAGCUGAACGAGUCGCUCUUCUCCGGUUUCCUUAUCUCGGGUGUGACAGGUAUCAUGGACACCUACCCCGAGCUGAAGAAGUACAUCAAAGAAAAGUCGACGCAGGAGGCACUGGAUGCGUUUGACUUUGCUCGUUCGCACUGCAGCAGCGAUGUGAACUUGCGCUACAUGUUCCAGAACUUCAACUCGGACAAGUACUCGAAGGUGGGUGGCCAAUACCUCAAGGCCCCCGUGGUUGAGAAGAUCAUGGACGAACUGGAGAUGGGUUCUCGCUCUGAAGAAACACCCACUGAGCCUGUUAUGAUGAGCCACGGCAAGUCGGAUGAGAUCGCUCCUUUCAAGUCGGCUUACCAGGCAUACGAGAACUGGUGCAGCAACGGUGCCAAUAUCCAUUUCACGAAGUACACCAACCUGCUGGCCGCUCAUCUGGUCACUGCUAUCACCGACAUUACUUCGUCGUUCAGCUUCAUUAAGGACCGCCUGGAUGGUAAGCCUGCGCAGUCGUAUUGUUCGGUUACGGAGCGUGACGACAUCAUUCUAGACACGGAUGCGCUGGGUCAAGAAUUCAAGCACGUUUUGGAGAUUAUUGCUGGUGUCCUCAGCGACAAGGUCGGUCCGGGUGACAAGAUCCUUCAGGACCAUUUGAAGAACGGUAACUAA